AUGACGCAACAACUACUCCACAACUUAGCACCCAAAAUUCCCACCAUGGAGAAUGGCGCGUGAGUCAAAAAUUUUCCAUUUGUGUAGACGAACUGAAGCAACUUAUAAUGAUCAUAAAAAUCAAAAUGAUGGCUUUGACUCUUGAUUUUCAGCCAAGGUAGAGUAACUCACAAAACACCCUUUCGUAAUUACUUAUCUUACACCCUUUUUUAUCAUCAAUCUCAUCAUUUCUUCUUCCAAUUUCUCAAUUAUUUCAUCAACUUACAUCUCUAAUUCUUAAUUUCCCACAUCAAUCUCUUCAAUUCUGGUAUCUGGGUUGCUCUGUUUUUGUUCUGUUUCCUCUCAAAUUUGCUAAAUUUCACAUUUUCACCAUUGGUUUUUACUGGAUCAAUGAUUGAAAUUGUGUUAAAGAUGUGAACUUUUUUAAUGGGUAGAUGAGAAAUUGUUUGUUUUGGGUUGAAAAAUUGAAGAAAAUGAAGGAUUUUGCAGGAACACCAGGCACUUUAACUGGGCUUGCUCUAAGAAUUGCUCAAUUUAUGUUUGCUGCAGGUUCCAUUGCUUCUAUGGCAACAACUUCUAGCUUCUUCAAUUUUACUGCUUUCUGCUAUCUCAUUGCUUCCAUGGGUUUGCAAGUAAUAUGGAGCUUUGGCCUUGCGUUGAUGGAUGCGUAUGCCCUUGCAAAGAAGAGAGUACUCCAUAAUCCAAUACUUGUCAGCCUUUUUGUAAUCGGUGAUUGGGUGACGGCUACAUUGUCCCUUGCAGCAGCUUCUGCGUCUGCAGGAAUAACGGUCUUAUAUUUUCACGACAUCGGAGGUUGUACUAUUGUGGCAGAAUGCUUCAAAUACCAGAUUGCUGUUGCUUUUGCCUUUCUAAGCUGGCUAGCAGUCUUCACUUCAUCUCUAAUCAUGUUCUGGCUUCUUGCAGCAGGCUAGAGAAUAGUUUCUUGCAGCUGAAAUUUUUACGACGAAAUGGUGUACAUUUUACAUUGUAUAUACAAACCAAAUGGGAUCAAAGUAUAGAGUUGUUACCAAUCAAACAAAAGAAAAAGUACAGAGAGGGAUACAUUGGUUCUCAUAUUCUUUGUUUUUUCCCUUCCAUUUUUGUAUGUUGUUUCAGUGUGAUACUGUAUAGUUCCUCUCAGCUGAUCAAUGAUCAUAGCUGUAAACCUGAAAGGUAUACCCAAUUUCAUUGCCCAUUGUUGAGAAUUUGAUUGUAAUUUUAAAAAAUGGGUGAAAUACUUCAAAAUUGUUACAGUUAAGAGA